CACAUACCCAAAAAUGGGCAUCCGUGGUCUCAUAAUCUUCACCUUCUUCCUCGUCUCCCUCUCCUUCAUUGUGUACUCCGCCUAGCCUACCUCAACCACAACGCCGACUGCUCCUUCUCCCUCCCUUCAAACCCUACGGCAUUCGCCAACGCCGUAACCAAGAUCACCAACAAUGCAACCACAACAAAUACACAAGAAGAAGAAGAAGAAGAAGAAGAAGUGCGUGUCGAAGAUCAAGCAGAAACCAACGUAAGCCACAUUGUCUUCGGCAUCGCGGCCACCUCCAAGUUUUGGGACACCCGAAAAGAGUACAUCGAGCAAUGGUGGCGGCCGAAAUCCACGCGUGGCAUUGUCUGGCUCGACAGAAACGUUCGGACCUAUCGCAACGAGAGCCUGCCAGAUAUCAGAGUUUCUUCCAACACUUCGAGGUUCCCGUACAAGCACAAGCGCGGGAGCCGUUCAGCGCUGCGAAUAUCGAGAAUUGUGUCGGAGACGCUGAGGCUGGGGCUGGGCAAUGUGAGAUGGCUGGUGAUGGGGGACGAUGAUACUGUGUUCGUUGUCGAUAAUGUGGUGAGACUGCUGAAGGGGCUUGAUCACAGAGGGUUUUAUUAUGUAGGGAGCUCGUCGGAGAGCCACAUACAGAACUUGCUGUUUUCGUAUAACAUGGCGUAUGGAGGGGGAGGGUUUGCGAUAAGCUACGCGUUGGCGGUGGAGUUGGAGAAGAUGCAGGACGGGUGUAUGGGGAGGUAUGCAGGGUUGUACGGGAGCGAUGAUCGGAUACAUGCGUGCAUGGCUGAGCUUGGCGUGCCGUUGAUGAAGCACCCUGGGUUUCAUCAGUAUGACAUCUACGGCGACCCUCUCGGCCUCCUCGCCGCCCACCCGGUCGCUCCCCUCAUCUCCCUACACCACGUCGACGCCAUCAACCCGAUUUUCCCCGACACGAACAGGCCUGACUCUAUCCGCCGCCUCUUCGAGUCCAUCAACCAGGACUCUGCCAGCAUACUGCAGCAAUCCUUCUGCUACGACCAUCGACGCCAGUGGUCAAUCUCCAUCUCCUGGGGCUACGUCGUCCAGAUCACCCGAGGCAUCCUCUCGCCUCGCGAGCUCGAGCUCCCCGCAAGGACUUUUGUGAACUGGUAUCGAGGGGCGAACUAUUUUGCGUACUCAUUCAGUACCCGCCCUGUGGCUCGGCAUCCUUGCCAGAAACCUUUUACGUACUAUGUGAGUAGUGUGAGGUAUAGCAGGGCUACGAAUCAGACGGUGAGCAGGCAUUUGCUGCAUGGGAGGAGGUUUCCCGGUUGCCGAUGGAAGCAAGCAUCCCCGGAGACGAUAAAGACGGUCGUCGUUUUUAAAAGACCAGACCCGUUUCGGUGGGAUAAGUCGCCAAGAAGGGAUUGCUGUAAGAUUUUGUCUUCAGGGAAAGCAACAAUGCACGUAUCAGUGAGCAACUGUGAAGACGGGGAAUAUGCUGGGUCGUAAAAAGCAGGGUAAGCAUCAUACCAUUUUUUGUGCCUAUCUUGUGAAAUUUGAGCGGAUUAUUUAACAGUGACGAAUGUAAAAGAUUCGCUUUGGUGUUACCUGUGCACAGUACGAAAAAUCUGAAAUGAAACACUACUAGCAGUCAUUCAUGUCAAAUACAACUACACAACUGAUGCCUUCU